AUGUACCGACGGGUUACGACAGCACCACAUCAGUCUGUGAACGCGGAUGCAAAUUCUCUUAAACCACCGAAAGCACCUGAACGACCACUCGUACCAUAUAUGAGAUUUAGUCGAAAAAUGUGGGCAAAAGUUCGUGCUGAAAAUCCUGAAAGUCAGUUAUGGGAUAUCGGUAAAGUGAUUGGACAGAUGUGGCGUGAUGCCCCAGAGACUGAAAAACUGGCAUAUCAGCAGGAAUAUGAGAUAGAAAAAGCAGAAUAUGAAAAGGCAUUGAAAAAUUAUCAUAAUUCAUCGGCUUAUCAACAGUAUCUUACCGCAAAAAAUCGUGCCAAAGUGGCAGAUAAGUCCAAUACUGUUGGUGGAGUAAUUGCAAGCAGUAAGUUAUUUGAAAUUGGUUAUAUUGUAAUACUUCUAGAACAAUCCAGAAUAGUUCAUUUGCAGUCGUUCCGUGCCAGAUUAUUACUAUUGAUAUGGUCGAUAUUUUGUAAUCGAGCACGUUAUGAAUCUGGUGGUGUUGUAUUGCAACCAGUAGAAGAUGAAGAACUCGGUGAUAUUUCUUCAAAACGUGUUGCUGCUAUGCGUUUUGAUCGGAAUCACCGAUUGAUUGCCGAUUUAUUCAGUGGCACUGUAGUCACAGAUACACGAACAAUUGUGGCACAGAAUCGAGUGGACAUGCUUAGAAAACAAGCGCAAUCACUUACCACUCAUCAAAGCAAAUUGGAAGACGAACUCAAAAAUUUAAGUGAAGUUUUCGAAGCGAAAAAACGCCAAAUCGAAAAAUCAUCUGAAGAAUUUGCAAAUAAAUUAAAGAAGGCUUGUGAGGAAAAGCCUCAAUUUGAUAAUGCAGCAACCGAAAAUUUAAUCAAGACGUGGGAGAAAAGGCUGUUGACUGCAUAUGAAGAAUACAAAGCAAAGCAAGAAGCAUUAAGGGCACAAAAAAUUGUGGAGCGAGAACAUUUGGUAGAAGAAACUCCUAUUUUGUAUAGGUUAACUGUGGGUGAUUCAUCUCCGUCACCAAAUGAACAAAAGACAUCCCAGUCACCAGAAACUACAACAAACGAUUCAGCAAAUGAAAAAACUGAAUCGACCAUGUCUUCGAAUAUAGUUCCAUCUAUCGGAGAUGAAAGUGUAGAAUCAUCCUAA